AUGCGUUUAACACCCUGCCCUGGCCGGAGAUUGGACGUGCACCACGGAGUGCCCGUCUAUCUCUGGCGCAUCCUGUCGGCGUACUUCAAGGACAGGGACCUCGCCUACUAUGGGAGAGCCGAGGGGGAGGACUGGGGGGAAGCCCUCCUCCGGAUGGAGGUGGCACUCGACUCGGUGGUAGACACCAUCAGAGACCUUGGGUUCAAAGUGGCCACCCAGAAGACCCAGGCCAUGUUUCAUGGCCGGGGUCGAGGGAGGCCACGGAGGGCCCGGGUCCUGGUGAAUGGAGUCCGCGUCCACGUCAAGUCUACGAUUAAAUAUCUGGGCUUGACGUUGGACAGCCAAUGGGGAUUCGGGCCACACUUCAGGCAACAGGUCCCCCGGGUUCGCAAAGCAGGCAUGGCGCUGGCCGGCCUCAUGCAGACCCAGGGGGGCCCAGCGGCCAGGGACCUGAAGGCCUUGAAGACCCAAGCCAGAGCCCUGGUCCUGGACAAGUGGUCAGCCGAAUUGGCCGACCCGCGAGGAUUUGGGCUCCAGACGGCCGAUGCUGUCCGCCCCUGCCUGCCGGAGAUGGCGGGCGAAAGGGGGCGGGGACUCUCCUUUCACCUGGUGCAGGUGCUGACCAGACAUGGUUGCUUCGGAAAGUACCUGCACCGGAUAGGGAAGGAACCCACCACCGAGUGCCACUACUGCCCGAGGCCUAUGGACUCGGCGCACCAUACGCUGACUGCAUGCGAAGCAUGGAGUCAGCAACGCCGAGUCCUGGCCCAGGCGGUGGGGUGCCAGGUGGAGGCACUUUCGCUCCCGCACAUGGUUCAGGCCAUGUGCGGGAGCGAAGAAGCGUGGGGGGUGGCGGCCUCCUUCUGUAGAGACGUUAUGUCCCAGUUGGAGGCCGCCGAAUGGGAGCGUCGCCCCCCGUAA